UCAUAAUGGAAAAAUAUAGACAUGAUGAGUCCUUCGCUAUUGCCCUUAACAAACAUGUUCCCUUCCCAAACCAGACCCAAAACAGGCAUAAAACCGAUAAAUUUCUCCAGAAGGUCAAAAGACAACUGUCACCAAAGGAACUUCGUCAAAUCCAUCACCCAUUAUCACAAAAAUCAAAAUACACUAAAAUCAGGAUUCCCAAGAAGAACUUGUUUCUCAAGAAGCUGAACAAGCACUUUGAUUUACCCAAAACUAGGAGCAUCUCUACUAGAAAGAAACUCUCAAAGACCCACAAGCGAGUGCAUAGCCACAUAUUAAGCCAAGACACUAAAUCCAAGAUGGAACCGAAGAUAUCAAAUAACAAGCAUUCUCCGCUAUGAUUCCGAAACCAAGUGAUUCUUGAAAAAGAAGAAUCAGAAGAGAAAGAAGAGGUCAAGUUUAACCAGAGCAUCACAAUCGACAAAAGGGAUAGCUUAUCCUGCAGUAGUAUCAAAUUCGACUCUGUUAACCACAGUGGAAUAAAGCAGAUAUCUAAGAAUUUCAUAAUCAAGAGAAAUGUAAAUCAUCAUGAAAGUCUUCAACCAAGACAAAAGAACACAAGAAAUUUGGCCAAUCCUGAACCUUUGAACCAGUGGAGAAUGCUUAAAAAGAAUGCUUUCAAAAGCAUGGAUGAAAGAGACAGCUUAACAUCAAUUUCUCCUAAGAAGAAACGAGCAAGAAGGAACUUUAAUUUUAGCCAUGUCAGGAAAUAAGACUCCGAUAAAAUUCAUGAGGGAUGAAAAAGUACAGAAGAGUGUCAUCAGUCCUGAACCAGAACGCAGGGAUUUAUUCCAAUCCAUGCACUCAGGCGAUCUUAAUUCACAACAAUCAAAUAAUGUUUCUAGCAGCUCAAUCGGAAGAUAUGAAGUAGACAUGAAAGAUAGGAUGGAUACCUAUGACUCCCGUUCUUCAAUCAUCGGCGAAUUGAAAGAAGAUUUUAUGAAUGCGGGAAAUAGUAAAAUGUUCAACGAAAGAAUGUUUGAAGACCUUCAAAAGAGGAUCUUCUUACCUCGCUUUAUCAAGGGCAAAAAGAAAAAUCUAGCUAAAGUAUACCAUAAAAAACCAAAAUCUAAUGACAACCCUAUAUAUUUCAUGGGUACUCAAGUACCCAACAAAAUUAAGAAGAAUUUGCCUUUAAAGAAUCAGAUUAACCUGAUAAUCUUUCGGAACCAGUACUUAAAGAUGAUCAAGCAGAGGAAGAACGAGUUUAUGAAAGAAUACAUUGAAAGAAUUGGCAAGUAGACUUCUUAUUUUCAUUAAUCAUAAAUAUUUCUUACAAGUU